CACCUCGACUCGGUAUUUCGCGAAGGGAUGCGCCAUGCCCGAUGUUACAGCAGCACCAUCACGUGGCAUCCGUAAGCCGAGGAAAUCGCGUGGGCGAGGAUUGCGCGCCACAACUGGCUGUUUGAUCUGCAAACGGCGGCAUGUGAAAUGCGACGAGGUUCAUCCUCAGUGUGGUCCCUGCGCCAAAGGCCAACGCGCCUGUGUCUAUGGUGACACGGACUCGGGGGGUGGAAGCAGUCGUUCGCUGGAUGCUGCUGCGACGCCGUCAACGCCUCGAGAGAAUCCCCCAAGAACCACGCCGCAGCUUCGGGUUCACGAGCCCCUACAGAUCCUGGUGGAUGCCUGCCAGCAGGAACGGCCUGUGUCGCAAGAACGACCCCUUGGUCGCUCGUCGCUUGCGCCCGAUUCAGCUCCUAUACACGAGAAUGUGCCCUCGCCGGCCACCGAGUCAACGGUCUCCAACCGCACAGCUGCCCCGAGAAGCUGGUUCGAGUUAUUGGCAACCGAUGCUGUCAAUGCAGAUGAGAACUUUUACCUUUCGCCCCAGUUACGUACCCCGUCGACCCCAGCGCUCUCUUCGUCCCCGUUAUUCCCGGACCAUAAUCCCGGCUUUCAUCCUCGCACGCCCCGGGAGCACCAGAGCUUCAAGGCGGCUUCUUUCGGAACUGAUCCGGAGAUUCAGCGAGGCUUGAUGCCAGCACAGGCCGGUGAUGUGCCUAACAUGGUGGUAGAUGAUCCUUCGUGCUGGACGACGGCAUCCCCGAUACAACUAUCACCAAAGGAGUACCGCAUAUUCAACCACUUCGUCAAAACCCUCAGCUCGUGGCUCGACUUCUUUGACCCAUCUCUACAGUUUUCCACCGUCGUUCCGCACCUCGCACUGCGAAAUGUUGGCCUAAUGAAGGCGCUCUUGGCUCUGUCCGCCCGACAUCUCUCGCUGUGGAAUGCCAACUACCCCUCCAGUAUGCCCCGAGACGCGAUCCUCUUGACCAGUGACGUCAAGGAGGCCUGGAACCUCUCUGAAAUUGACCGCAAUCUGGCUGUCCAGUAUUAUUACGAAACCCUUACCUAUCUAAACAAGGCCAUGAAGUACUCUAGCUACGCGUCGAGCCCCGAGCUCAUCUCUACCGCCCUGCUUAUCAGCACGUAUGAAAUGGUAGACGGCUCCAACCGAGACUGGGAGCGACAUCUAAAAGGCGUCUUCUGGAUCCAGCGAUACCAGAACAACAACGGCGAGUGCGGCGGCAUCCGACAAGCUGUCUGGUGGGCCUGGUUGCGACAGGAUGCCUGGGUGGCCAUGCGAGAACGCCGUCGGGUCUUCACUUUCUGGAAGCCAGAAAAGCAUUACUCAAUGUUGACUCCGGCGGAAAUGGCCUGCCACUCGCAUUACCUCCUCGCGCAAUGCAUCAACUACGCGUCGAAAGAAGAGUCAGAGUCGAAGGAUCUGCAACAGCGGCUGGAGCGAGGCAGCGAGUUACUCGCCAUGCUGCAGGAAUGGCUCGAUUAUCUUCCCAGUGCAUUUCGACCGCUGCCUACCGCGCCUACUGAAGAACUCUUCCCUCCCAUUUGGGUGCAUCCUCCAUCAUACGGAGCUGCACUGCAAUUGCAUAGUUUGGCACGUAUCCUUGUCCUGUUGCAUCGGCCCUCUGUAGGGGGAUUGCACGACUAUCGUGCGGGUCAGCGCCUUCUGACGGCAUCAGUCAGUACGAUCUGCGGGAUCGCGAAGACGGUGGAUGAAAAUGAUAAUGCGGCGUGUCUGGUGUCGCUUAAUUCUUUAUACGGAGCUGGAAUGUGCGUCCACACGCCCCACGAACGAUCGAUUCUGCUCGAGCUCAUGGACACGUUCCAACAGAGGGUCCGGUGGCCUAGUAAUUCUCUUCGGCGAGAUUUGGAGCUGGACUUUCAGAGGGACGAUCUGCCGGGGCCUAUUGAUAACAGACAAUGACCUUAAGGCUGUAACACCUGUAAAUAGCUGCUCAGAUAAUAUACGGAUACCCCUUUGCUUUGGAAAUUCUCAUAUCCACCAAUCCCGUCUAUAGUGACAUUGCAUACUCC